AUGGUGCGCACAGGCAAGCAGAGCGUGAAGCUGCUGACAAGAGCACCUGAGCACUAUUACGACACCCUCCGCCUCCGCCACGAACCCAAACCCGAAGCCGAACCUCCAGCCACCCGUCUUGCCCGUCUUGCCCGUCUUGCCCGUCUCGAUGUUGCUGACCCACACGAUGAUCGACAUGGGGCGCCUGAAGCCAAGACUAGGCCCGACUUGACUUUGAAGGUUCUCGAGAUCCCUGUCAGCUUCACUCAAUCGGGAUUGAAUCUUUUUGCUCCAACUGACGCCGUCUCCCACUCCUCCGAAUCGUUCAAUUCCGUGGUCCACCUCCCAGGCCUUCUUGCUCUCCAUUUGCCCUGUAAUCGCCACGACAAUGAGCUUUCUCCGUUAUUCCACCCUUUAACGUCGUCCAACGCCGCCCUCUCGCCUUCCUCCACCGCCGCCGAAUCUCGUCAGCGAACAGCACCCCCGAUUUACGAGCCUACCCUACCUGCCCUAAUCACCGGCGGUGGUGACGACCAUGGUAUCAACCAUGGCGAGUCCGAGGUCCUCUCCUUCGUCGCCGUCUACCUCGCCCCCGUCGUCGGCAGCCUCGUCCGCUGGCGACGACGCCGACAGCGACGUUUGCGAGUCUCCUUUCAAUACCUUGCCCGACGAGAUAAUCGAACAGUACGCGAUACACCCAUGACGGACUCGCAGAUCAUUCUCCUCGCCGACCCCGACUCUUUUGCCUCCCUUACCCUCGUCAACUCGAAAUGGAGAAGGGUCUCCCAACAGGCCCAUCUCUACGCCCACCAUCUCUCCAAGUGCCCUUCCUACGCCGCCUGCCACGCCGCCCUCUCCCCCGCCCUCGUCGAUGACGCGCAGCUUCCCAAGCUGAGAAGGCUUUUCGCCCGUGAGAUCAAACGCAACCUGUUCCAGGCCUACCUUCGUCCUUCCGAAACCCGCAUCAAGCUCAUAUCCAAUUCCAUCAGCUCCGCCUCCUGCCCCGGAGGCGAGGGUUUGCGCUUCAGUCCUUCCCCGAGGGGUCACCACCUUCUCGCCUACAACUCGUCCCGUAUCUAUGUCAUCGACGUCCGCGGCCCCGCCUCCGAGAUCUGUGUGAAGCGGGAGUUCAAGAUUCUCCGUCGCCCUGUCGCCGCUUGCAUCAAGGACGAUGCCACCCUGUUGGCCGUCCUGUCCAUGGAGAUGCAGGUCGACAUCUUUGAUCUCCAGAAGUCGCCCCCGAAACGCGUCCAGUCCGUCCUUCUCGACCACAAGCCUCGCACGAUAGCUCUUUCGCCCUGCGGUAGCGUCCUCGCCGCCGCGUACGAGGGUGGUAUAGAGGUUUCCUCCCUCAGCUCCGAUGCCAUCACGGGCCAGCGCGCCGUCAAGUGCGAUGCCGUAGAUUCGCUGGCCUUUUCCCCCGACGGCACCCAGCUGCUCGGUACCACCACCCACUCACCACACCAAAAUACCGUUAUCCUGACCGCGCCCUAUUACGAUCCCGGAAGCCACAUGGCCGAGGACAACAUCAGCGCCCUCUGGACCACGUCCAUCCUGUUUCCCAAUUCCAGCCGUGACUGCAGCCACGCCAUCCUCAUCCAGGAUUCCGAGAACGAGGAGGCGAGCUGGACAUUCACGUACGAUCGAAGUUUUGAGACCUUCCGUGCUGUUCGCAUCGGCGACCUGCGGAACGGCACCACUUACUUCACCGGCCCACUUCCCAAGUCUUCGUCUUCGGCUCCCUUGCGGUGGAAACUCGCCACGCACCGUCCCCGGGUGCCGGGCACCGAGGAAGCUAGGCUUCCCAAGUGGCAAGUCCUGUGCGACAAUCAAAGAAACACCCUCAUCUCUGGCCAAAAGAUUACCGAACUUGAGCCCAUCACCCAUGUCAAGUGGGUCACCGGCUUCGGCGGACGGGCUUCCCAGGAAAGGCUCGUCGUGAUGGCGCGCGGAGUAAACGGCUACCAACCCAUCACCGAAGAGGAGGACAUUGAUUUCGUGGAUGGCGGCAUCAUUUCGCUUCUCGACUUUGACUGUGGCUUUGAGAAUGGCCAGAGGACCGACAUCACCAUCGACGUCGGCACCGACAGCCCUGAAAUCCUAGAGGAGGAGCAGCGUGAUAUUGAUGCCGAGGUAGCCCUGGUCAGGAGGCGCACAGUUGCCCAGCGGCGAGGUGGGCCGCGAGGAGCCCUUCAACGGAUGGCUACCACGCCCAUCCCUCCCGCAAACCCUCGCCUACCGCCCAUGCCAAAUCACCCGAGCCGAGGUGGUUUCCGAAGCGAUGACGAUGAUGACGACGACCCCUUGCAGCCCCGGAGAAUCGGCGUCCUGCCCAGCACCCUACCCCACCACAAUCGGGUGGCUUUCCACGAUGAUAACGACGUCGAUUCCAUCGAAGAACAGGAAGCUCUGGACGCGCCAUAUACGCAGGCUAAUCCUCGAUCUGUCUCGACUCUGCGUCGGGCUGCCACCGCCGCCGCCAUGAACCAACGACUCCGCGACAACCGUUUCGAAUAUCGCCGCGCCGAUGGCCGGCGCGAGCACCCGCACGAGAGCGACGCCGAUAAUUGGGUGCCGCCGCCGCCGCCGUACCAAAAGGAUGCCAUUGUGGAUCUGCCGGCGUUCCUACGCCACCCCGCCAUCCCGCCCGGCAACCCGUCCGACCCCAGGAUUCACCCUCUGGCGCCUCGUCUAGCCGAGCCGAGCGGUCGUGGGCCCGAAUCAACAGCAUCGCGAGUCCUCCUCGCAACGGCGUCGCCCCUCUCGGACACGUUUUCCGACGCCCGAUUCACCGUCUCCACCAUGCAGUCGCCGACGAGUGCCACCGCCGCGCGCUACUGGGAUGAGGCUGCUGUUGCGGAUCGUCGGUUGACGCAAUCUCCCGUGAGCGAUUCCGCGGCCGAGACAUAUUCUGCCCGUUAUAGCAUUCGAGGGCCGUACUCGGAUCCGUUGGCGCUGAACCCUCCCUUUGGUGCGGCUUCGGGUGCGUCCUCGGGCGCGGCUUCAACUGGAAAGCCACUGCCACGAAUCCCGCAGAGGCGGCAAAGGAGCGGAACGCAAGGGUCGACUGACGGAGAGGCGCAAAGCCCGCCAUCAGGCUCGUCCCGGGAUUCGCGGCCUUCGGGAGCCCGCGCCACCAGCGCGCAGCUGCAGUCCUCCCCACGCCGCGGGGCGCGCCUCUCCUUGACUUGCACAUCCCCUCACCGACCCUGUCCACCGCCGGGUUCGGUCUUUUACUACGUCGUGGCUGCCGGUGGCGCCCGGAGGAGAGGCGGGACCAUCGUCCGCUACAGCGCAGCACCCUCGCGUCAUGACGCCUGGAGCGUGGGGCCGUCCCCCGUCCCCUCCCGAGCUGCCCCUCAUCAUCAGCACGCCAACGGGGGUGUCUGGCGCCUACGAUCCCCGGACCGUCACCCGUCCCUGCGUCGGGCAGAAACCCCCGUUUUCGCCCCGACGCCCCGCCGGCCCCAGCCCAGGACAGAACCGGGUGUCCCGGGCCCCUCGCACUUCGAUAUCCUCGAGACAGGCCAAGAUCCACCGUCGCCGCAGCCGCAUCAUUCGGCGUACGGGCUCGAGACGGAGCGUCACGAGGCCCGUCAAGGCGCCUCGCCGGGUCAAGCUGCCCAACGCGAGAAGCGGAGCCCCUCGUCUGUGCGGCAGCCGGCCGAGACGGAACAAUCCGGAGACUGGGUGGAUGAAUUUGACCCUAGUCUCGAUGACAAGGGCAAGGACAAGAAGUGUAUCAUCAUGUAA